AUGCCUUUACAUGACCGCCCUCCUGAUCCAAUAAAUUGUCUGCAGCUGACUAACAGGAUUCUUGUGUUAGAACAAGCAGUCGAUUCAUAUCGGAUUGAAAAUAUUCGUCUUCAAAAAUACAUGGAAACUAUGCAAAAGAUUUACGACAAAAUAAUGUUUAAAUCCGAGUUUGUACAAGACAAAGAUGUAAAGGUUAAAGUUGAUAAUAUUAAUCAAGAAGAUACUUCUACCACUAACAUUUCUACUGAUUCAUUUAAAAAACCUACUUCAGAAAUCCAAAAUAUUAAGUCAACUCCCCAAAAUAGAAAUCAACAAAUUCAUUCCAUUACUAGUAAUAUUAAACCAAAAUAUGAAUGUAGUAAGAACCCUAUUGAGCAAAAUACCAAACUACAACUUACUCCAUAUUUGGAUAUGGUGAAGUAUCACCCUAUAAAAGCUCAACCAAGUAUCAAACAAACUAUAGCAAAACAAAUCAAAAUGAAACGCUCAAUUUCAUUCUAUGGUAAAAAACCAGUCAAGCAAAAUAAGAAAUUCGAUUUGACACAUUCACUUAAUAUUAUCUGCUAUGAAAGAAUUAAUAACAAAUUCAUGGAACAAAUUAUGGACAUCUUUGGGGAAUUUGCCACCAUUAAAAUAAGACCCCAAACUAGUAAUGUCAUUAAUCUUCAUUGCAAUAGUAAUGACAAUUAUAUUCUUUGCAAAGAUAUGCUUGAUAGUGUACACAAUGAUUUAAUAUUGAAAUUCUUCCCAUCACCUGCUGUAUUCGAGCAUAGCUUGUACGCUCUAACUCACUCUACACACAUAUAUUCACAACACAUUGAUAUGAUUAAAUCACUAAUCAAACACUCAGUUAAUAACGAUAAUACUAUACUUAUCUCCCAAAUGUAUACAAACCAAUCACAUGGUAAAUAUAUAAUUAGAGUUUCAUACGAAAACGAAGAUGUGUGCGAAGUUAUUAGAAAGAAGCUUAAUUUAACUAAUUACAAAUCUGUUGAACAAUUGCGUAAUGAAACUCCUACUAAUGUUUCAGAAUGUUUAUUUCCACCUACCUUUACAAACAAGGAAAUCAUCGAUGGUGUUACUCGUGUAUACGAACGCAUUAAAAAAGAUUUCAAUACUAACCAAUGCAUGAUAACUGAAUCCAAAAACAAAUCCAAUACCACUACCUUUAAAUUAUGUAAAGUCGUCCAUUCAAAUAUUGACGAAAUGAAUCUAUUUAUUGACAAGAAAAUUGUUCUCAAUACCAAACAAAACAUUACUGAUGGAACCAGUUACUGUUUCGUACCAUCUAUUAAACAAUUAGAUGAAAUAAUUGAAAGAAAACAAAAACAAUAUCCAUUUCUAACUAACUCUAAAUUACCGGAAGUAACUAAUCCUAUGAUCAAUCCUAUACAAUCUAACGAUAAUACCAGUUCAACCACUAAUUCUGUAGUUACUCCUACUAUUAAUACAACAACCAAUCUAUUUGAAACUAGACUAUCUAAUAUUGAAACUGAACUGCGUGAUUUUAAGAAAGCAUUAGCUGAUACAAUGGAACUUAUUGACAAAAUCUCCCAUUAUAUAAAUAAUAGUACUAAUAAUUCUAUUAUGCAAGAUGAUGAAGAAUCAAAAAGCUCAUCAUCUUGUACUCUUUCUAAAUGA